CGACGAUCGUCGUUCGCUCCAUUUUCCCUUUAGCUCGACAAUGAUCAAGUGCCUGUUUUACGAGUGUCGGAAUGCUGUCGAAGCGGGCAGUGCCAAGUGCAUCUUCCACCGCAACCGAAGCCAGUGCAACGCACCGCAUUGCCGCAACCAAGCGUACGCGCGAGGUCGGUGUGUUCGCCACGGCGCGCGCAAGAGCUGCCUCCUCGAAGGGUGCACGCACUAUCGUCGCGCGGGCGGGUAUUGCGCGCGCCACACCACAGCCAUUCGCAAGCACGGCCACGUGCUCAACCAAAUCAACGACGCGGUCGAACAAGGGUGUAGCUUGGAACCGCUCGAGUUUGUUUGCACGUCGUCUCCAACCCCUUGGAAACUCGACUGGGCGGAUUGGGCCAUGGUUCGCGACUUGCUUCGUGACGACGACGCGACUGGCUCCGUGUGGACACCCGCGACGACAAAGACCGCGACAGGUCAUCACCAGCAUGACACCAACGUCGUCGAGCACGCCACGUGGAUCAGAGUUUAGGAGUUUCGAGGCAUUCCGGCCAACUCGUGAAUCUAUUUAUUCCAUUCCCAUA